UAGUAGAAAAUAAAUACUCGUGUGCUAUUCCGAAAUACUGUAAUUUCAUCACCGUGUUAAGUGAGAUGACAUAUUGUAUUUAGUCCAUUAUGUAAUGGUUAAUACGUGAUUUGGAAUUUGGCCAUGAUUGGGUCCGUUGCGUUCCACCAAAACAGGAAGUUUUCAGAGUUACCUUACAGGCUAGCUCACUAGCCUGCGGGGUACAUACGCAUAUUUUUAUGUUUCAACAAGUGUUUAAGUCGUGUGGACCGUUCUGCCGUGCCACACACUACAAACGAUACACCCAGCAAUAAUUCCAACUAGACAGCACCGUAACAUGAAGUUAUGGAGGAGCGAAAGCUAAAGAGAAAGAGUCCCAGAAUCUCCACCAACACCGCGGCUCCUGCCGGUGGCUCUGGCCGGAAAACCACCGCUUCCUCCGGGGGACGGCACGUCGGCUCAAGCCAUAACGCGGGGAGCCAAAAGAGCAAAAAUAGGAGGGGAGUUAGAGACAAACCCAGGCAGCAGCUGGGUUUAGGUGGUAGACCUAAUCAGAAGCAGGGCCAGGCAGCACCUAUCAUCCAGCACUCCUUUCUGACUGAUGUAUCAGAUGUACAGGAGAUGGAGAACGGCCUGCUCAGUCUCCUCAACGACUUCCACUCAGGGAAACUACAAGCAUUUGGCAAUGAGUGCUCCAUUGACCAGAUGGAGCAGGUGAGAGAGAUGCAGGAGAAGCUGGCUCGUUUGCACUUUGACCUUUACAGCGAGGUGGAUGAAAUGCCAGAGGACCAGAAGAAAGUGGCCUGCGACACCAACAUGGACAAAUUACUUCUUAAUCUUGAGGAGCUGAGUUCUUCGAUUCAGAAACUGAAUCUAGCCGACUCCCAAGAGAUUCCGAGGACUGCCAGUAUUUGAUUUUGUCUUUUCUUCUCAACCCCAUCUGACUUACCCCCACGUCACCUGGAGGGGCUGCAGUGGUCAAGGUGGAGUUGAAGCAAGCUCGAGGCACUGUUGCUCUUAACUUUUGUGGCAGAAAUGGCAAGAAAGCUGUUGACCAGCGUUCCCGGUCUGUACAGCGGGAUGGAUGUAUUGUAAGAGGUCACAACAGGGAUGCACUAACAGCCUUCUCCCCCCCCCCCACACUUCUAACAGGGAGUGGUAAAUACGGUGGCUAAUAUUGAGUAUGAAAUGGUUCUAAUAUGAUUGCGUUUCACAACCAUCCUAAUAAAUCUGAUACAAUGUAUUCUCUUUGCCGUUCUAAUCCCAUUUAUAAAUGAUGGAGCUAUGACAACUUCAGCUACUGUCUGACCUACAGCGCAGUAUACUCUUCAUAUCGGCAUUGGUGCGUCCCUGUUAUGACCUGUUUAAAGUCGUCAAAGUUGUCAGUUUCCCUAAUUUCGAAACAAUUUAUAUUUGCGUUACUUCUCUAACCAAAGUUAUAUUGAGAUAAAGCACCUUUUUCAAACAGCUGAUUAGUUCACAAGUUCUUAAAAUGACAUCUUCAGUGAUUUUACUUUGUUUAAAGUGAACUGACUAUAAUUUUCAUAUUUUUAUAUAUAUAUGCGCACACACAUACACAUAUAUAUACUCUGUUGCACUUUGUCUUAUCUAUUGUCACAGGUCAAUUGGAGUGUCUAAUAUCACAAACUAUAAGCUUUAUAGGUAAGCUUGAAUCUUAUAUGCAAAAAAUAUCCUGAUUAGAAUGAACUGUAGUUCCAUUCAUUAAAAUAACACUUAAACACACAGUAGAUGAGUAUGAAAAUGAGCUGUGACCCCAGUUUGUGAUUUUGCAUAUGAUUUCUUGCUACAUGUGAGUGGCCUGAUAUCACCUCCAACACCUUGGUCAGUAUUGAAUAUAUUUGCACAUAUCCAUGCAACAUGCGAAACACACUGCACAUAAUCACUGGUGUGUUUGACGCUGGAAAAUACUAGUCCAAAUGUUGACAUCACAACCAUGCCUUAAUGUUUCAAAUGUAAUCAUUUUUGCCUUUUAAUUGACUUCCAUAGAACAUGUGAUUCUGUGUUUUAAGAUAAUCAUUUGAUGCUGCUUUCAUUAGAUGUGAUUUAUCCCCUUUAAUGUGUCACUUCUUGUUUUACGAGUGUUGUUGGGGGAUGUGGGACAAUUAUAUAUAACUGUUUUAAAUGUUUGGUGAUUUUAUUUUUAUUGGCUUAAUAAAUGUGUUGUCUGAAA